GUGCUCCGUCUUGGCUGUGCAUUCACUUGCCAGUUGUAGACCCCCACCCACCCACUCAGCCACGCUCCGCGUUCGACGUUUCGCGCUCCGCCUCUCUCCCGCGGUGUGAUCCGGGAGAUGUUCACCGCCUCGCCUGGUGUACAGGAGGUCGUGUGUAAGACCGCACCUCCGAUUAGCACCGUUGGCUACGUACGGUGCAAAAUAAGUUCAGCAUACAUACUACAUACUACACUUCUAUACACUAUACACUACACUAUACACUACUAUACACUGCUAUACACUACACUAUACAAACGUAUCAUACACACCGAAGACUCCGGGCUGACCGAGCAAGGGAUCUGCAGGAGGAGAUCCUCUCGGCUGUGAGAGAUGUCGCGUAGAGGGGACGACGGAUCACGAGGACAGGCUCCUGCUGCUGCUGCUGGAGAUGUGGAGGAGGUGGAGGAGGUGGAGGUGUUCUCUUCUCUACCCGUGGAGCCGCUCGUGAAGCGAGAGGAGGAGGAGCCGGGUGGUGAGACGUGGCCGCCCGUGAAGGUGGAAAGAGACGACGCUGAUGACGGUCAAGACCCUGACAUUCAUUUGAAAGAAGAAGAAGACUCUCAGUCUGAAGGAGAGGACCCAAGCAGCGGAGAAGAAGACCUUCAAUCUGAUGAACGAGACCUUCAUUCUGAUGAAGACAAUGGUCACGUUGAACAGACUGGUGGCUCCAGAGGGAGGCUUUGGCGAGAAUCAUGGAUCCCGCGAAGAGAUGGGGCGACUUCGUCGGACGUGGCGGAGAUUGAGGUGGUCCUGGAGGAUGACAGGAGCCGUAAGAAUUCACCGAUCGACCAGAAGGCCCGCGAUGAAAAGAUGUCCCACCGGUGCUCCCUGUGCGGCAAGGGAUUCUCCUGCCCAUCGCGCCUCAAGAGCCACACGAUGACGCACACCGGAGAGCGGCCCCUCGAGUGCUCCGUGUGCGGGAAGGGUUUCCGAAAGUCAUCGGCUCUCAAGAGCCACGCGAUGAUCCACACGGGGGAGAAGCCGCACAAGUGUCCGUUGUGCGAGCACAGCUUCAUCCAGUCUUCCGCCCUCAAGAGGCACAUGAUGAAGCACACGGACGAGAGGCCGCACUGGUGCUCUGAGUGCGGCAAGGCCUUCACCGACUCGUCGACGCUCAAGAGCCACCUCCUGAUCCACACGGGCGAGAAGCCGCACGAGUGCCCGACGUGCGGCAAGGCCUUCGCGCACCUCUCCAACCUCAGGAGCCACGUCAAGAUCCACACAGACGAGAAGCCGCACCGCUGCCCCUUGUGCGAAAAGGGCUUCGCGGAGGCGAAGUCGCUUAAGAAUCACAUGAUGAGCCACACGGGAGAGAAGCCGUACAGGUGUCUGUUGUGCCAGAUGGGCUUCGUGCAGCCGUCUGCUCUCAAGAGGCACAUGAUGAAGCACACGGACGAGAAGCCGCACAAGUGCUCCGUGUGCGGCAAGGCCUUCACGGACUCGUCGACGCUCAAGAGCCACCUCCUGAUCCACACGGGCGAGAAGCCGCACGAGUGCGCGACGUGCGGGAAGACCUUCGCGCACCUCUCCAACCUCAGGAGCCACACGAAGAUCCACACGGGCGAGAAGCCCCACCGGUGCCCAGUGUGCGACAAGCGUUUCAUUGAGGCGAAGUCGCUUAAGAAUCACGCGAAGACCCACACGGGCGAGAAGCACAAGUGCGAUUCGUGCGAGAAGACCUUCACGCAUUUGUCGACGCUGAAGAGUCACAAGAUGUCCCACUCGGAUGAGAAGCCGCACAAGUGCGCGUUGUGCGAGAAGGAGUUCGUACACUUGUCAGCGCUGAGGAACCACACGAUGACUCACACGGGCGAGAAGCCGCACCAGUGCCCAAUAUGUGAGAAGUUCUUUGUGACUACUUCGGCUCGUGAUCGCCACAUGAAGACCCACAACCUGCAGAAGCCGUACAAGUGCUUCGUGUGCGGGAGAAACUUUGUAGAUCCGGCGAACCUUAACUUUCACAUCAAGUGUCUUAAUCACUACGAGUCUUGAAUCCAAGUACGAACCGUUUAACGUUCAAUAGCUCCGCUUUAAAUCCUUGAUUUCUUGAGGUGUGACAGAUGUAGAGAAGGGUAACGGACGUUGGGGGGAAGUAAAACUACUGGAGGCAAUAGAGGCUCGGAUAGUCUUCUUCUUUCUGAUAGCAUUUUUGGGAAUUGCAACAGAUUACAAAUUGAUGUCGAGAUCUCCCUCGGCAGGUCAGAUCCCUGGUUGGAGGAUUGUGAGGAUCGCUGACGAUGGAUUUCUGCAAUAGGGUUGGUUGUUUUGCCCCAAGGCUUCCCUCCAUCGUGCUUCGGUGGACUUCUUAUCGUCGUGGAGGUUCUUCGCAUACCUGCCAAAACGGUUUUUCUGUAUUCGAGCCGCCGGUGGUGGUGGUGGCUGCACGGAGAUGUCCUUGUCUAUCGGAGGGCUUGGAUUUCUGAUGGCCUUGCGGGGUACUCUCUCGCACACACACGGCGGAGCUGCGGAGGAGCGAUGUUCGCAAGGAAGCCGCAGCAGCGGCGGACGUUGCCCUCUAGCGACCCCGAGAUGAUCCUCAUGGCCGCAUUUAGCUGCCUCGUAUCCACGCACGCUUCGUGUGCACGCUUUUGGUUCCGGGCCGGGGCGCAAUAUUCCGCCUGCAGAGAAGACCAGCGCUGCGGUGGCCCAUUCAGAGCGUCGUUGCGUUUGCUCCCCACGUUGUUCCGGCCAGCUUAUGCACAUGAGAUAUCGCUGGUUUAGUUUUUUUUUACGGCAGUAUCCUGCAGGUGUUUUUUGCGGAACGGUGAGGCACCUGUCGAGAGUUACGCCACCCGAGGUAUUCCGUGGUGUUUCUCACACUGGGUCUCCUCGCCACAGAAAGCGACGGUCGGUUUCUGGUCGGCGUUUGCACUGUUCCGGCAGAGUUAAGUUACAGGCAGUUUUCCUUGGGUUUGAAUGGAGCCUCUGGUACUUGAAGUACAUUUCGAGUUUCUUGAGGUCUUCGCACACACACACGUGUGGGUCGUUUUGGACCUAAGUUUGGGUCCGUCUUUGGUCGGCAAGUGCCAGGUCAACGGCGUAGCCAAAUUUCAGGCCAAUGGUGACAGGGAGGUCACGUAUAUACAUGUUAAAAAGUGUCGGAACAAGUAUUGAUCCCUUUGGGAUCCUGUUAUUGAAUCAGCGGGCUCUGCUGACCGUGUUCCCUAGGUGGACUCGGUAUCGCCGGUUGGAUAGUAGCGAUGGUAGGAGUCGGAGCCUGGAUGGUGGCGGUAAUGCAGGAAACUAGACGAUUUUAUUUACCAGGUAAAGCCGACUGAGCCCUUUGCUCUUUAUCAGAAGCGACCUGCCACACGUGAUUGGUCAUCACAGCGGCUUACAUCGUCGUUUCUUCGCCUGUUCAAAUUCCUCACCCUGGUCUACAAAUCCCUUCGUGGUCAUGCCCCACCAUAUCUUAUCUUUCUACGUGUCGCCUUCUCGCCCUCUACGUUCUCAAACUUUGCCGUCUCUCUGCGUUCCUCCUCCUUGUGCUCAAUCCAUGCUUUCGCUGUCUCUUCUCGCCCACUGCACCCUUCACAUUAAGUGGUCACCUUCGCUCACUAAGUUUCCGCUCCUCGCU